CAUUAGACAUCAUAAUCAAUUAAGUUUAUUUUGAGCAGCAGAUGGAAGUAGAGCAAAAUAUCGAAAUCAAUGAGCAAUUAUUGAACGAACCGCCCUCUAUUACUGAAGAAGAAAUGCAAGCGAUUCUUCUCAGUCAUAAGGGAGAAUUAACACCAGAAGAAAUGCGUGUGAGCCAAGAGUUAUUAUUUGGGUUAAAGAAGAAGAUCUCAGCUAACAUCCCAAUAUUUGCAAAGCACUUGCUUACUUUCUCUAAUCAAGUUGCUCAGACUAUUUCGCUGCUACUCUCUGAAGUCUUGGUGGAAGAUUGGUCAAAGAUGCCUCAUUCUCUAGGCCUCAACCUGUUUAAUGAUCUUGAGAAACUGAUCCACUGCCCAGCCGAGGCUGAUGGAAUGGACGAUGGUGAGAUCUCUAGCUUCUUACAGCUAAGAUGUAAAAUCGCCAGAAUCUUUUGGCUUGAGAUCCCAUUUAUAAAGGAACAUUUGAAUCUGAUCACUAAAAAUUUUGAUGAAGAUGUAUCUUGCCUGAAGAAUUUAAGAUAUUUCGAGCUACUCAUCAGAGAGAUGUUACAAGAGAAGCCUAAUACUAUGUCAUACAAGAAGUCAGUAGCACUAUUCAAGAACAAGUCGAUCCCAGUUAUUGCCAAUGCUUGCUCAAAAUUGUUCUUCAAGAUCUUAGGCGUUCUUGAUUCAGGGAAUUUCACCAAAGAAGAUCUUGAAAAACUUGAGCUGACGAUAUUGACUCUGAUUUCAUGCAUUAGCUUUGAACAAGCUUUGAAAGAAAGGGCUGAAAGUGACACCAACCAAUUUCAGAUAAAGACUAAAAGCCAUAACUGCUUAGAUAAGUUCAUUAAUGGAUCAAUGAGCUGGUGCACAGAAGAAUUUGUGAAUUCACUAGAGCUACUUUAUGAUUUCCUGAAUAAAAAUCAGGGUUAUGAGAAUAUCUGCAUGGAUAUAGCCACUUUAACUAAGAAUAUCGCUCAAUCUUGUAGAGAUGAGGCUAGCUCAGAUGAAAAGAGCGAACAUGGAUACUUGAAGCGAGAGCUGAUUUGUACAAGAGUAAUGAAGUUUAUCAUUAACUUGAAUGAUCAAGAUCAGAUAUGGAAGGAUGAUCAGAUUUACCAUGAAGUUUGCUGUAUCAUUGAAGUUGUGAACGAUCUCAUUGGCAGAGGAGAAUUAAGCACUACUGACGACUGGAACUGUACUAUUUAUGCUAUUUUGAAGAAGGUGAUCGGACUUUCUAAUAUCCCACUGAUUACUAAGUUCAUCUCUUCAGUCUUUGGAAAUAUCAUUUCAAGAGGGUCUAGCUUUACAGAUUUCUACAGAAACAUGAUAUUGAGCGUUAAGAGUAGAUCUCUCAGUCAAGGUAUUGAAUGAAAUGAAGAAGAAGUUGAGAUUAACUUCAUGCAGUUCACUAAAAAUUUGCUUGACGUGAUGACACUAGCAGACCUCAAUGCUGAUCCUGUACAGUUGAUCACUAUUUUAGAGCCAUUCUCUUACCUGAUAAAUUUCUCAGUAGAAGAAAGCUAUAAGCUCAUGAUUGACUAUUUGAAAAAGUGAAUCCUAGUUUUCUCAGAUAUCACAAACACCUCUGAGGUUCUGCAGGAAUCUGAAUGGAAUGAGAUAGUUAAGGGAAGCUGCUGGUCUAUCUAUAUGGGAUCUGAGAUCAUAAAGAUUCAUAAGAAGACUAAGAAAGCAGGGCAUGAAUUCCCAGCAGAUGAGAAAUUUUUCAGCUUGAUUUCUCAUAUCUUCAGAGUUGCCAAAGUAUUCCAGGAAGUAUCUGGAGUGUCAUUAUCACAAGAGAAGAAGUAUAUUUUCAGUAAAUACUCACUCUAUACUUAUGCUCUGAUGAAAUUCUUUGCUGCAUUCAACAAGGUGUAUUUUAAGAGUCAACACUUCAAUACUCUAGCAGUUGAUGAGAUUGCUCAUGGAAUUAAUUCUGCUUACAACAACAUGUUCAUGGAAGAAGGUGAGCAAGUCGGGAGUAAUAAUUGCCUCAUCACCAUCCUACAAUAUUGCUUACAAAAUAUUACCAGAGGAGGAAUGGAGAUCAUUCAGGUUAUUGCUGAUAAAGCAACUAUCAAGAUCGUUUGUUUUGGAGAUGAAGAAGAAUACUUGCCAGUAAUCAAAGGUCAAGUUAUUGACUCCUAUUUCUUCCAGAAAAUGAUUGAGUAUGAUAUCAGCAAUACUUUCACAAAGUCUUUAGAAAUGAGCUGCAAAAGAACAAGAAUGUACUAUAAUUCUGAAGCCCUACUGAUUUUUAAGAAGUACAAUUCAUUUGGCCUUUCGAGUGAUCUCUUAGGAUUAGGAGAUUUGAACAACACCUUAGAAGCAGCAGAUUUCUCUGAUAAACUGAAAACUGCUAAUAUUCUUCUUUCGAAAUUACAAGGAAUCUUCUGUGCUGUGUCAGGGAGUUCUAUGUAUUCCUAUGUUUACAAGAACAGUCAAGAAUUUCUAAAUACCAUCAAGGAGCUUAAUGAGUACCUCUACUGCUCGCAAGACAGCAGUAAAGAAGUGGUUCUCUACUUCAAGCAUAUGCUGGAUCUUAUUGGAGAGAUAUGAGAUAAUAAGCUGAACAGAAUUCACUACCAGUCUCAGGGUAUCAUUUGCUCUCAGAUAUACAACACCAUUCUCAAGAUCCUUGCUGAUUUCGUGCAGAAUAUAUUCCCUAAUGACCUCGACAGCAAGAUUCUGAAGGAUCUGUUCAAUGAGUGUUUAUUGGUCUUUAGAAAUUUCUUUCGCUCUAAUUUUGUAGGAAAAAAUACCUACAAAAAUUUCAAAGACAAGAAAAUCUGAAGUUUGGUCGUAAAAUAUGUUGAGUUGAUCAGCAAGAUCAAUUUUGAAGAGCUUUAUGUUUACGCUGAGAAUCUGUACCCCUUCCUGUUCGCACUAUUUGAUAAUGGCUUUGAGUAUCUGUUUGAAUGCCAAAAUAGUCACAUUCUCAACAUACUUGAUAUAUUAAACCAAGGAAUGAUGUCUCUCAAUAGUAAGGUAUGGAUGUCCACUGUUGAAGCCAAUCAAGCUAUGACUUCAAGAAUCUUGAAAGAGAGGUCAGCUGUUGACCAUGAGACUACUACUAAGAAAAUUCAGUUCUUGAUAGCCCUUUCAGAAAAGGAUUGGGUGUGGAAAAUUCUUGAGAAUAUUUACAGAUCUGUCAUCAGAUUUGAGAGAAACAACCUGAACAUAGUAGCAAGACUAGCAACCCAGCUGAUUUUAUUAAUGAAUGAUUCAGAACACACUUCGGAUUGUAAAGCUCUCGCAGAAGAGUAUCCUCUUGAGUCAAUUGCUAAGAUAAUCAUUGAAGAGACAACAAUGUUUAAGAAAGAAGUAGAGUCAAAGGUGAAGUCAAAUUCCAUCCCACAUGCAUCCCAUCACCUUUACCAAAGUUUCCUAAACUUCAUGGAGAGGCUAGAUAAUGAAUUCAUGUCUCUAGAUGGGAUAGAGCCAGAUAUUGAUGUCAGUUAAUUCCAUGUCUAAUUCAAUCAGAGUUAA